AUGGAAGAUUUGAAGGCUACAAGGACUCCGUUUCGUAGGAAGUUCACUCGGACACUCAACGAAUUGAAGAUCAUUUUGGAUUCUGACAAUCCAGAUGAGGAGGAGGUCGAGGUGAAAAUGGAACGGAUGAAGGUGGCGAUAGAAAACCUGCAGUUAUCUGAUGACAAGAUUCUUGCUAAGAUGCUGGCAGAUAAGUGUUCGGAAGAAGAGUACCAAGCAGAGUACGACAGCAUGGAUAAGUACCGGGAUGAGUGGUCGGACUUUUGUGUGAAAGUGCGUCGCGUUUUUCACCUGCCUGGGGUCCUGUCGGAAUCCGAAGCCGGAUCGUCGUCGCAGUCGACUACGUUAAAAAAGAAUCGGACUUACAAGCUGCCCAAAAUUGAAAUUAAGAAGUUUGCAGGCGAAGUGACGGAAUGGAUUAGUUUUUGGUCACAAUUCGAGAAGAUACAUUUAGAUGAAGAACUCCACGAUUGUGACAAAUUUCAGUAUCUUGUUCAAUCCAUGGUUCCUGGCUCCAAAGCUGCAAAACUUGUUGAAAGUUGGCCACAGUCUGCAAAGAAUUAUCCCAAAGUUAUCGAGGCUAUGCAGGACAGGUUUGGCGACAAAGUGCUACUCACUGAGGUGUAUGUAAGGAAGCUGCAACAAUUGGUCAUCUCUAAUGCUGGAAAGAAGAAUGAAAAUAUCUCAUUGGCGAGUAUGUAUGAUGAUCUCGAGUCCAAUUUGAGAGGUCUCGAGUCCCUUGGAGUGACAUUUAAAGAAAGUGCAGCGUUCCUCUAUCCAAUGAUUGAAUCAGGACUGCCAAUUGAAUUAGUGAAAGUGUGGCAGAGAAGUGCCUUGUCCGGAUAUGGAGACGAAGAAAUUAAGCCGGUGGAGGAGAGACUGACUUGUCUCAUGAAGUUCAUCCGCGCGGAAGUUAAGGGAGCUCAGAGGCUCACAUUCGUCAUCCCAUCGCAGAAACAGCCGGAAAAGGACAAGAAGAAAGAUAAUCAUCGCGGUGAAGGGUAUCACAAGAGCGACGUCGCAACAGCAGCUGGGUUAUUCAGUGGGCACAGUUCAACUUGUAUUUUUUGUGACAAGAAUCACGCCAGUGUUGACUGUUGGCGAGGACCUCAGAUGACCAUGAAAGAGAAGAAUGGCAGAGUGAAGGACAGAAAGUGUUGCUAUAAGUGCUUAAGGUCCGGUCAUUUUUCAAGCAACUGUAAAGCAAAGUUAAAGUGCAUCAUUUGUUCAAGACAACAUGUGGUGGUAAUGUGUCCGGAAGUCGCCCAGAAGGCCCAAGAGCAGGAGGCGAGACCGGUCGACAGAGAAGAAAUAAGAGGUGGUGCCCCAUCAGCAAUGACAAGCCAUGAAUGUGCAGGGGACGUCUUAUUACAAACGCUGCUAGUUCGGAUCUACAACAAUGAUAAGAGCAGAUACCGUGUGGCGCGUCUUGUAUUUGAUAACGGGAGUCAAGGGUCAAGUGUUCGUCGCGACACAGCAGAAGCAUUAAGAUUGGAGCCGGUAGGGGAAGUAUGGUCAAGAAAGGUUCUCUUCGGCGGCCAGUUAACUGAAAGACGGCGACACAACCGACUCCGUGUAACAUUAUCCAGCCCGGACGGAAAUACUCAACGAGAUUUGGAAGUCUUGGACGAACCAGAAAUUUGUGGCCGACUUCGCAGAAUCCCAAAAGGUCCGUGGUUAGAAGAAUUAGCACAGAACCGGAUAAUGCUGAGUGACAUGAAGUCACAGAAUCCAGAAAUUGAAGUCCUCGUGGGAAGUGACUAUUUUGGGCAACUAAUGACAGGAAGAGUUGUUCAGUUGGCGUGUGGGUUGACCGCUAUGGAGUCAGUCUUCGGAUGGACCUUGAGUGGAAAAUUACCAGCGGGUUAUCAUUCAACAGCAAUGUUACACUUGUCCAGCGCCCUUAUGUCUUGCCAGUCGUCCGUGUCGGAACUUUGGAGUCUGGAGACUUUAGGAAUUAUGGAUCCUGUCGAUGUAAAGAAUAAAGAUCAAGAAUUGGAAACUAAAAAGCAUUUCUUGAAUACGGUAACAAGAACCGAUGAUGGUCGCUACUCGGUGAAAUUGCCCUGGAUUGGUGAGGCGCCCCCGAUUCCAAGUAAUAGAAUGGUGGCGGAGAAGCGGCUGAUGGCAGCAACAACAAAAUUGAAGGCUGCAGAUCAAUAUGAUGUCUAUGAUGGAAUUUUUAAGCAGUGGAUAGAAGAAGGGAUCGUCGAGGAGGUGAGUGGCGAGGACUUGCAAGAAAAUGGAAAAUUAGUCCACUACCUGCCUCAUCGCCCGGUCUUCAAACCGGACAGUUUGACCACGCCCGUGCGCCCAGUUUUCGACGCAUCGUGCAAGAUGUCAAGAAAUCCAUCGCUAAAUGAAUGUUUGCAAAAAGGCCCGAAUUUAUUGGAGUUAAUUCCAUCGAUUUUAAUGCGGUUCCGGGAAAGAAGAAUUGGAGUCAUCUCGGAUAUUCGCAAGGCUUUCCAGAUGAUCGCGGUGGAUCCUGCGGACCGUGACUUUCUUCGUUUUCUCUGGUGGGAAAGUCCAGGGAGAAAAGAAUUCAAGGUGCUGAGGCAUUCAAGAGUAGUAUUUGGAGUGAAUUGUAGCCCGUUUCUACUUGCAGCAGUAAUAGAAUAUCAUUUGAAGAGUGCAAGUCGAGAAUAUUCUGCUGUGGCGUUAAAACUACUCCAAUCUCUCUACGUCGACAACUGUGUGACGUCCGUGGAUACUAUGGAAGAAUAUGAAGAAUUUAAGGAGAAGUCAGUUCAUCUUUUGGAGGAUGCCAAGAUGGAUCUUCGCCAGUGGGAGGUCAGUUCUGCGGAAGGAUCGUCCCAACCUUUGACAACUGUGUUGGGGCUCAAGUGGAAUAAGAAUGAAGAUAUUUUGAAGGUUGAGAUUCCACGUGAAGAGCUGCCAGUAAGAAUUUCGAAACGUGUGGUGUUGUCGCAAGUGCAGAAGAUUUAUGACCCGUUGGGAUUUCUCAGCCCUGCGACAUUGAUCCCAAAGUUAUUACUGCAGAAAAUAUGGAAGGAGAAGUCAUCGUGGGAUGCAGAACUGGAAGAAGAUGUGAAGAAGGAGUUCUUGGAAUGGUGGAGCGAGGUCCCUGAUUUGGACAACAUUCACAUUCCUCGACAUGUUUGUGCAUCUCGUCAGGAGAGAUGUCAAAUCCACACAUUUUCGGAUGCUAGUCAGUUUGCAUACGCUGCGAUUGUCUUUCUUCGUGUGGACCGGGGGGACGAAGUAUCAGUGCAACUGAUUCAGGCAAAAUCAAGAGUUGCCCCCAUCAAGAAGGUCACAAUCCCUCGACUUGAAUUACUUGGUUGUACAAUUGCAAGUCGUUUAACAGCAUCAGUCAAGAAAGCCUUAUCUAUGGAGGAUGUGCCCACUUAUUUUUGGAGUGAUUCGACCACUGCCAUCGCAUGGAUUCGGCGUAACGACGAGUGGGGUACUUUUGUUGGGAACAGAGUCAAGGAGAUUUGCACCUUAAGUCAGCCGAAGCAGUGGUCCCAUGUUCCAGGUGGAAUUAACCCUGCAGAUUUGCUGUCGCGUGGUUGUUCGCCGUCGAAAUUAGUGGAAUCUCGUUGGUGGGAGGGACCAGAUUGGCUUAAGGGUCCGGCUGAAAAUUGGCCAGCGCAUACCGAAAAGCUGGAUGAAAAUGCAAUCAAUUUUGAAAAGAAGAAGGCUUUUAUGAGUUCCGUGGAGACAGUCGAUGCAUGGUAUGUGAAGCGUUAUUCAAGCUAUAUGAAGAAUAUUCGCCACAUUGCCUACCUCCUUCGAUUUGGCGACAAAUGCAGAAAAAGGAGCAGUGAAAAUGGAAAACUAACGAAGGAGGAACUAAAUCGUGCCGAAGUGACCUUGGUGCAGUUGGUGCAACGAGAAGAAUUUCCAAUGGAUCAGAAAGUAAUUUGUGGACUCCGUGUGGUCAAGAAUAUUGAUGGAAUUCUCUGCGUGAAGACCAAGCUGCUGAAUAGGAUGGAUUCAGAACACUUCCGGUUGCCGAUUUUAAUGCCAAAUGAUCAUCCCAUGGUGGAGCAACUUAUUAGAUGGAGUCAUGCUAUCAACGGGCAUGCUGGGGUCCAGUUUCUUAUGGGAUCGCUCAGAGAGAGUUUUUGGAUUAUUCAAGCAAGGAAAGCAAUUAGAAGAGUUAUUGGGAAGUGCGUGACGUGUCGCCGUUUUACUGCCAAAUCGGGAAAUGUGACGGAGGCAGCAUUGCCAGAAAAUCGUGUGAAGACCGCAGCAGUUUUUCAAAUCACGGGAGUGGAUUUAGCAGGUCCGCUCACUCUGACCGACGGGUCGAAGACUUGGUUCGUGAUUUUUACGUGUGCAGUCUACCGUGCAAUCCAUCUGGAGUUGGUGACAUCGAUCAGCACUGAUUCGUUUUUGUUGGCGUUGUUUCGCUUCGUGAGUAGACGUGGUCGACCCACCACAAUCUACAGCGACAACGGGACGAACUUUGUCGGAGCGGACAAUUUGUUCCGAAAAUUGGAUUGGAAGAGGAUUGAAGCCGAAUCCCAAGUUCAAAGGAUUCAGUGGCUGUUCAACCCCCCUACAGCAAGCUGGUGGGGAGGAUUUUGGGAGCGGCUGAUCAGAAAUGUUAAAGAUUUAUUGAAACGUGUCCUGGGUCAUAAGAAAUUGAACUACGAUCAGCUUCUCACAUGUCUUUGCGAAGUGGAAGCUGUCGUGAACGGAAGACCCUUAACCUUUGUAAAUGAGGACCAAGACGACCUCAUCCCACUAACACCGGCUAUGUUUAUUCAAGAUAUAACUGUGACGGAAUUUCCGGAAGUAGCGGUUUUGGAUGGGAGUGGUCUGAGGAGGCAGUAUGAAAAACUGAAGACGUUGCGAGUGCAACUGCGAAAUCGUUUCCGAAAGGAAUAUCUUGCACUUUUGGUCCAUAAGGGCAAGAUGAAGAAAGAGCAUAAGUUGGAAGUUGGAGAUCUUGUUCUCAUCGGUGCGGAUAAUAAGAAGCGUUUGGACUGGCCAAUGGGAAGAAUUGUGGACUUCCUCGGAAAGGAUCAAGCCCGCGUGGCGAAAGUUAAGACGAUGGGAGGAAUGUUCCUGCGACCCAUUCAACGUCUUUAUCCAUUGGAGAUCUCAUCAUCGAAGGAAUUGCCAGCAGUGACACCAGAGGUCACGAAGACUGCCAGAUUGGACAAGGAGUCUGCGGUGCAAAAGUUGAAAGAAACUGAGCCGGGGAUAGCUACCCGAUUUGGACGUGACUACAUGGUUACAAAUGCCGCCAAUUACGUCCCUUUUGAUUCUGUGGGUUUAAUGAGUACGGAAAAUUUUGGAUCGAUCGGUGGGAUCGCAUGGGUUGGUGGGACCUGUCGAAACAGGGCGAAAACAACAGUGAACCGAGACGGGGGCAGUUUUGAUGGGGUUAGAAUUUUUGCGCAUGAAAUGGGUCACAACUUCCCUGUUUUUCACGACAACUUCAAAAUUGUAUCUGUCCGAAGACGUAACGUCACUGCGGAUACUCUUUACGAGGAUGUCACACCCUCUAAAAAUGCCCUGAUGGAGAUGGAAAACUCCAUUUUGGAGGAUCCAGAGCAAAAUGCGGUCGUUAAAGUUAACCCGGAUGGGAAUUAUCUGCGAGGGAUAGUUAAUGGCCGGCAGAUAAACCAUGAUGACGCCGGUGUCCACGAAAUUGGAGAGCUUACCACAUUUGCCGAUCAAAACGCAGAUUUCGUAAAUAUUCCCGGCGAUGGGCAAGAUUGGUUGAAACAAACAAACUUAAACAGUAGGACGAUCGGCAUCCAAACUUUGGCCGUUGUUGAGCUCGGUUUGGUCGUCGAUUUCUCACUUUUCACUCUUUUUAACGGCGACAUUUCCACGAUUACGGAAUAUUAUGCCAUCUUCGUGAAAGGAGUCAACAAUCUGUUUUCCGUCGUAGGAGAUCCAAAUGUUGCGUUUCAGUUGGUGGGAAUUUACGUGAUGGAGUCUCGAGGUGUCCAACCGUUUGUGGAAAAUUAUAACAAUUUUGAUGGAAGUUUUGAUAUUCACGGGAUUUUGGAUGAAUUCAGUGACUACAUGGUUACAAAUGCCGCCAAUUACGUCCCUUUUGAUUCUGUGGGUUUAAUGAGUACGGAAAAUUUCGGAUCCAUCGGUGAGGUCGCGUGGUUAGGGGGGACUUGUCGAGACAGGGCCAAAACAACGGUAAACCGAGAUGUGGGCCAGAGUUUUUCCGGGGUUAGAAUUUUUGCGCAUGAAAUGGGUCACAAGUAA